UCCCCCUUCCUCUGUGGAGGGAAUGACUCUGAGGGUGACUGCUGGAAACAUGGCGGCCGCGUUGGGAAGACUGUUGUCCUUCAGUAAAAACGCAAGGGUGUUGAGAUCGACGCUCACACCUGUUCACCGCUACAGUGUGGAGGUUUCCAGCGCCGGGGAACCCAUCACUCACACCGGACAGGUGUUUGACGUAAACGAUCCCAGGAGAGCCAGGUUCGUUGGCAGACAGAAGGAGGUGAACAAGAACUUUGCCAUCAAGCUGGUGGCAGAAGAGCCGGUGGCAGAAGUUGGAGUCAGAGUGGUGUCGUGCGAUGGAGGGGGAGGAGCUCUCGGACACCCCAAAGUCUACAUCAACCUGGAUAAAGACACAAAAGUGGGAACAUGUGGAUACUGUGGACUACAGUUUAAGCAGAAGCAUUGAUUCAUCGCCUCUGUCUACGCUCCUCUGUACUUAUGGCCAUAUUGGUUAAUAAAUUAUAUACGUUCUGUCCAACAAA